CUUGGUAGGGCUCGGGUUUUUGGCCGGUUCAGGGCGUCGCAGGCGCUUUGUGGGCACCGAGGUGACGGAGCCGAAAAGCGCGACAGGAGACGUUGUCUCCGCUGCGCAGAGGCGGCUGUGAGGCCCGACGGAGCCGGUGGGGACGCGGCGGCCCUGGUCCCGGUUCCGCCCGUCCGCUGGUCGGUGGCUGAGGCAGCGCCGAUGGCGUCGCCCGAGGUUUCUUUGCCUGAAUUUCCGAAAGUGUAAAGAUGGGGAAGUCAGCGCAAGCAGCACGUUUCCCCGGGAAGAUCGUGAGUUGGAUUUUGGACGUGUGAUCCUAAGAUGUGUCAAGAUGGAGAUGCCCUAAGAUGGAGACAUCACAUGAGUUUGUGAACGUAAAGGUGUGGAGGCCCUGGAAGGGCCCUGGGAUGGAGCUUUCAACGUGGUCGAGUGUUCGGAGUGGCCCGGGGACUUGUGGUUUUUACAGACGUGGCCAUACGUUUCUCCCAGGAGGAGUGGGGCCUUCUUGAUGAGGUUCAGAGAAGCCUGUACCGUCAUGUGAUGCUGGAGAACUUUGCACUUUUAUCAUCACUAGGUUGUUGGCAUGGAGCCCAGGAUGAGGAGGCAACUUCAGAGCAAGGUGUUUCUGUGGAAGUGUCACAGGUCAGGACUCCAAAGCCAAGUCUAUCCAUCCAGAAGGUCCAGCCCUGUGAAAGAUGUGGCUCACUCUUGAAAGACAUUUUGUGCCUGGCUGAGCACAAUGGAACACACCCUGAACAAAGACUGUACACUUGUGAUGCAAAGUUGUACCAGCACCAAAGGCAACAGAUUAGCAAGAAACUUUCUAGAAGGGACAACGGGAGGCCUUUAUUUGUGAAGAAAAGCAAUGUUCACAUGACAGAGAGGACCUUGACGUGCCUCAAAGGUGGGAAGGGCUUCCCAGCUGGCACAGUCCUUCUGCAUCCCCCAGCCCCUCACAGUUGGGGGAAGCCACACAGGGAUACUCUAGGUGGAGAUGCCUUUGAAAAUAGACAAAAUUAUUACAAGUGUACUCAGUGUGGGAAAGCCUUCAGCAAUAAACAGAUACUUGUUGACCAUGAGAAAAUCCACAGUGGAGAGAAGCUUUAUGAGUACAGAGAAUGCAGGAUGGUCUUCCUUAGAAAGUCCCACCUUGAUCAGGAGCAGAAAGUCCACACUGAAGCCAGGCUUUAUGAGCACCCAGAAUGUGAAGUAUUCUUUAAACAAAUAUGUGGCCUCAGUGACCACCAGAGAAUUCACACCAGGCCAAGAAGGCCUUUUGAGUGCAGCCAAUGUGGGAAGGCCUUCCUUAGACUGUCCCAACUCACUGGUCACCAGAAAAUCCACACUGGAGAAAGACCAUAUGGUUGCAGUGAAUGUGGAAAAUUCUUUAGGAACCACUCCACACUCACUCGACAUCAGAGAGUUCACACUGGAGAAAGGCCUUACAAGUGCAGUGAAUGUGGGAAGGCUUUUACCCGCAAACAUAAACUUGUUGAGCAUCAGAAAAUCCAUAGUGGCGAAAAGCCCUAUGAGUGCAGAGAAUGUGGGAAAGCUUUUGGCCGCAAAGACAAAGUUGUUGAGCACCAGAAAAUCCACACUGGAGAAAGGCCUUAUGAGUGCAAGGAAUGUGGGAAAGCUUUCAGACGCAAACAUAAACUUGUUGAGCAUCAGAAAAUCCACACUGGAGAAAGGGCUUAUGAGUGCAAGGAAUGUGGGAAAUUCUUUAUGGACAGCUCCUCACUCAUUAUUCAUCAGAGAGUUCACACUGGAGAAAGGCCUUAUGAGUGCAGCAAAUGUGGGAAAUUCUUUAGGUACCGCUUCACACUCAUUAGACACCAGAGAAUUCACACUAGAGCAAGGCCUGAUGAGUGCAGUGAUAUGGGAAAUUCUUUAGUUGGAACUCCAGACUCAUUAGACAUGGGACAAAUCACACUAGAGAAAGGCCUUAUUAGUGCAUCUAAUGUGGGAAGUUUUUGUGCUAUGAAUCCAGACUCCUUGCACACCUAGAGUUCUCAUUGAUGUGAGUCCCUAUGAGAACUGUGAGUAUGGGAAUGUCUUUACAUACGACUCCAGCCUCAUUAAACCUUGUUGAAUUUGCAACACUGGAGAAAUGCCUUAUGAAUGCAAUGAAUGUGGGAGCGUCUUUAGCCAUAACUCUCACUUGUUUGGCUUCAAAAAGUUCAUACCAGAGAAAGAACUUAUGAGUGCAGCAAAUGAGGAAAAGACUUCAGCCAAAGGUCUGCUCUGAUUGGCACUGUGUAGUACUGCUAUGUACUUUUGGAUUUGUUUUCAUUGUAAAAUACACAUACAUAAACUUUGCCAUUUUAAGUAUUUUUUUAGUGUAUAGUACUGUUAAGUACACUCACAUUGUUGUGCAACAAAUAUCCAGAACUCUUCAUCUUGUAAAAG